CCCUUUGGCAGGGAAGCGCCCGAAUUGUAGCCAUAAAACGUUUUAUUUACACUUUUUUUUUUUUUUUUUUUAACGGGCCUGGAUCUUCAGGAUAGCAAGGCAUCGAAGGGGGAAACGCGACGCAAAGCAUACAUUUGGAGACUAUUCAGUGUAAUUUACUGAAGACACAUUCAGACGUUACCUUUGGAUUGGUAUCUAAUUUAAAACUUCACUUUGUUGAACUCUUACACCAUGAACAAUUUCACCCAAAAGUCUUGAACCUUCCUGCCAAACUCCAUAAGUAUAGUCCAUUGCCUUUCCAAUGAACUGACCAUCACACAUUGGGACGUUUUGUGUGAAACCAUACAUGUACAGUGGAAGAAUGACCGAAGCAUGGCAGCAGCAGCAUGCGGUCGCCCCUCCUGUUGGGCACCCCCUUCUACAAGUGGCUGAGAAUGCCCUAGGCAGUGCUGCAUAUGGUAUUGUCCUACAAGCAGACCCUGCAUUACAACAGUCCCAGCAUGCCCAGCAGCACCCGCUGCCAGCUCCGCAGCCUUCGCUACAGGUCGGUAGCGAAGGCGGCCACAAAUGUGGCGCAUGCGGCCAUGAUAUAUCGCACUUGGCCAACCCCCACGAGCAUCAGUGCAUGGUUAAUCAGGAUCGCUCUUUCCAGUGCACUCAGUGCAUGAAGAUUUUCAGCCAGGCAACCGAUCUUCUAGAGCACCAGUGCGUCCAGGUUGAGCAGAAACCGUUUGUAUGCGGCGUUUGCAAAAUGGGAUUCUCUCUUCUUACAUCUCUGGCGCAACAUCAUAAUGAGCAUUCCACAUCAAACAACCCCAUGAAGUGCUCUAUUUGUGAGAAAACGUACCGGCCUGAUUCGGCAUCGUCUACCCCUCAGCAGCCCUCAACUGGAGAGACAUCCAGCGACGGGGCAGCUAUGGGCUCAUCUUCGUCUACAGCUUAUCAGGGUACUGACCGUCCAUAUAAGUGCUCCAUGUGCAACAAGGCGUUCCGUCACCUUUCCGAACUCUCACGUCAUGAAAGAGUGCACACAGGUGAGAAGCCCUACAAGUGCGACACCUGCGACAAGACCUUUAGUCAGGCUUCUCACCUUGCACAUCACCAGCGCACUCACAGUACAGAUCGCCCUUAUAAAUGCACCGUUUGCGAGAAGACCUUCAAGCACAGGCAGCACCUGGUACGGCACAUGUACGCUCACUCCGGCGAGCACCUUUUCAAGUGCAACCUGUGCGAGCUUCAUUUUAAAGAGUCCUCUGAACUUCUGCACCACCAGUGCCAGCCUGCAGGAGAGCGUCCGUUCCGUUGCACAGCAUGCGGAAAAAGCUUCAAACGACCCUCGGAUUUGAGGCAGCAUGAGCGCACCCACUCGGAAGAGCGCCCUUUCCAGUGUGAGGAGUGUCAGAUGAGUUUCAAACAGCAGUAUGCACUUGUUCGCCACCGACGUACGCACAAAAACCCGGCAGACCGCCCUUUCAAGUGCAAUCAGUGCGACAAGGGCUUCCUGCAACCGUCUCACCUGCUGUACCACCAGCAUGUCCACGGUAUCGAUAGUCUGUUUAAAUGUGCUGCAUGUCAGAAAGGCUUCAGACAAUCGGGAGAACUGCUUAGGCACAAGUGUACAGAAUCCAACUCUGGAUCGACUGCUCCGGAAAAGCCUUACAAAUGCGACGUGUGCGGGAAGGGCUACAAAAAGUCGUCGACGUUACAGCGGCACCAAAACUCCCAUUGCACCGAAAAGCCGCUCAAAUGCUCGCUCUGUGGCCGCCGCUUCCAAUCCUCAUCCGAUUUUGUGCAGCACCGCUGCGACCCGGCCCGAGAGAAGCCAAUGAAAUGCGCAGACUGCGAACGACGCUUUAAGUAUUCCUCAGAGCUCCAGAGACAUCGUAGAGUCCAUACCGGAGAGAAACCCUUUAAGUGUCCCACCUGUGACAAAGGGUUCAAACAGCGUGAACACCUGGCCAAACAUGGCAUCGUCCACUCCCGUGAAGCUCAGUUCAAGUGUGUUUGGUGUGGAGAGUGUUUUGGCGAGCUUGGGGCCCUUCAGGAACAUACGGUUCAACACACGGCAGAAGGAGGGGGUUAUUCUGGAUCUUCAUGCAUAGAGUAGUUGCUUCUUGCCUAAUGACAAUAUACUAUGCACGCAUUGGCAACGUUGCGAUUUCUUGCAUUUAGUUAAACUGUUAACGCAAGUUUUACAUCCCAGAACAGUUGCAGUUUAUGUUGCACUGGUAAGGAACUACAAAAAAGUGAAAGCUUGUAAAAGUCUUGAUGUGUAUGAGCAGAUAUCGGUGAUGUUGUGACCAUUCCACGCACAGAAACUUGACUUCGUUCUGAACCAACCGUAAUAACGAACAGAAUCGUACAUAAAAAUAAGCUUGUCAUAAUGAACAAUUUUGUUUCUUGGCUACUCAUUAUGAUACACUUCUCCACAUGCUAUGCUUUAACAUUGGUUUUCUUACAGAGAAGACCAAUUGAAUCUUUAAAGAACUACGUUCACACUAAUACAUUUUCGUUUUAAAAAAACGCAUCGAUUACGCUACAUUUACGCAUCUCACCCGCACUUGAAUGCAGUUUUCCUGCACCGAAAACACUGUCCAUAAUCGCAUACGUUGAAUAGAAUAGAAUCAUUAAUUUUGGUUGCACAUUUUACACACAGUUUUUGUUUUUGCAUAUAUACAGUGAAAUGUAUUCAUUUUCCACAUAUCCCAGCUAAGCUGGGGUCAGAGUGCAGGGUCAGCCAUGAUACGGCGCCCCUGGAGCACAUAGGUUUAAGGGCCUUGCUCAAGGGCCCAACAGUAUCAUCUUGGUGGCGACCUUCUGGUCAGUAACCCUGAGCCUCAACCGCUGAGCUACCACUGCCCCUUUGAUGUUAGGAAACCCGAAAGUUAAUUUGGACGUGGCCUAAAAUAAAACGAAAACGAAAUGCAGUAGCGCAGCUAUCGGUGCAAGGUUUUCUGAUUGAUUUCAAUUGGUUUGCAAGAUAUUAAGCGUUAAAACUUAAUAGCACCACCAUGAAUCCGCGCAUUAGUCUUUAUACGACUGAUCAGGACUUGACGUCUCAUUGCAUUUGUUUUCUUUUAUUCGUUAUUUGGCCUUUCAAAUUAACUGCCUUUCAUCUAGUGCUCUCCAUCUACAAUCUCAUGCUUCCAUGUGUAUGUAUGGCACACUGUAUGGCAAUCUAGUGAUUGUAUGUAAUGGUAAUGUAUAACUUCACCACAUAACCCAAUGAUGUAACAGGGUAUAUGUAUGUAUGCAUGAAUAGCCUAAAUAAUUUAUACGGUUUGUUGUAAUCUGUCAUUGGUGUGUACUGCGUUGUUAACUUGUAGGAUAAAGACUACACAAAAAUAUUUAACCUUUUUUUUUUUUUCUGUGUGUGACUAAUCUCUAACAAUAACGCAAUAGUGUGCAAGCAGUUGUAAGAGUACAUUUACAGUGACUUAAGAACUGCCAGGCAACAGAGAAAUAACAAUGAAGUAUUUUUGUUUGCAGAAGAUUGCAAACAGAUGGUGUUGCGUUAAUGAAACAAUGCUGUAGAAUUUGUAAAGUUAUCUGUAUAUGGAUGUUUUGUAUCGCUUUGACUUGAGUACAGUGGUAGGAAUUAGUAUCUGUUGUGGAUCUGCGUCAUAAGCUGUAGACUGUGCAUCUGUGAUUUAUGUUUCUUCUCUCGCAAAGGUGCAUUAUUUCUAUUCUGGCGAAUUAUACUUUUGCUACAGAGAACUUGUUCAUUUUAUCUUCCACUAAUUCUUUGUUUGCUCUUUGCUUCAGUAGCAAAACGUUACUGAUGCCAUACAUCAGUUGGUAUUUCAUUUUAUUGCACCCAAUGUAAAAUAAUAGAUAAUAAAAUCAUGGAUAUAUGUGCAGAUUUUGAGAUAAAAUUGCAUUGUAGGCAAUCAGAAGCUGUUAUAAAUAUAAAAGUCAUUUGAAUAAUAUUCAAGAGUACUAGUACUGGCAAUAUGUUAAAUCUAUUAAAUCUAUUAUCUAUUAAAUAGUGCUAGAGUGUUUAAUUCAAUCUUUAAGAUCUUCAAAAACUUGUAUGACACCGUAUCUAAAUAACUAAAACAUUUGAAUUGAAUCCAUAUUAAUGAUAGAUUAUAAUCCUAACAGCUUGAAUGUAAACAUUGGAAACAUUUCUCCCUUUUGAUGCCUCUGAAAGCCUUAUUAAUUAUCAUUGUUUGUUCUGUUGCCGUUUCAUGUAUGUCCAUGUGCAUUAGAUGCAGUAACUUGUGUUAUUGCUUGUGAAGCAAUAUUCUUGAUGUCAAGUCGAUGAACAGGUAUAAUCAGAAUGAUUUGUUCUUUUGUAUUUGAGCAAGAACAGAUGUUAUCCCUGCCAUUUAACUCCUGUAUGUUACUCAACCCUUCAUUUUUAACCUCUUUAUGUGUGUCCCAGAGAAGGCAGUGAAGAGACUGACAUUGUAAAUAUGCCAUAAUGUAUUUUUUUUUUUCAUUAUCGCAGAUGUGUGGCAUGUCAUAACCUCACAAGGCAUUUAAAAAAAAAAAAAAUGUUUGUAAACAUAUAACUGUUGUUUUACUUUGUGAUCCACACGUGAAAUAAUCACUACAUGCAGUGUUGAAAUUGUGCUCAACAUUGAAUUGACAGACUGUAAAAUAUACUGUAGACAGGUAUUGUGAAUUAGUACUACAGAAUAACAUUUAGGCUGAGUUUGUAAUGGCAUCCCACCACUACUCUUACCAUUACUGCCAUCUAUUUUCAACAGAAAUGUAAUUGCAGCGUAGUUCUAGCGGGAAGACUAGCAGCUGUACAUCAUCACUUCAUUAGCUGGGUAACUCUUAGCCAAUCACAUGUAAGCCAUUGCUUUAUAAGUCUGCUUGCAAUCUAUCACAUUGCUGUUUCAGUGUGCUAACACGGCAACCUCCUCCAGCCCACCACCACCUGUUGAGUCCCGUCCUGCACAGGGGUAGGCUCCUCACCCCUGCCUCCUAUCUCCGGCAGGAUAUGACGCUUCCGAGUACAACUUCUUCGGACCGCUAAACAGGGCGUAUGCCAAAAAGAGGCGUUACUUUUCUGUUUUAUGGUCAUCAAAUAAAUGUCAUAUUAAAUUUCACUCAAGUCUGAAAGUCUUCCUUGGUAGAAAUAGUACUAUUAGUAUUAGUAGUAUGGUGCUAUUCCAAACUCAGCCUUAGAUUAAAGGGUAACUAAACCCCUGCUCAGAGUCUGACUCCACCCACUAGCAAUAUUUGAAAAAUGCUCGAAAAGUGGGCAGACCCCAGCGGGGAUAGAGGGGACGAACCGAGGGCGGGGCUGAGCGGGGGGGCGUGCACCUGAGACCCGUAGUGACAGAUUAAUUGACAGCUGCUGUCAGACUCUAAAAUGGAGAGUGACUGGAGUGACGCAAGUAGCUUUGCCACGGAGCGGUCUUUUGAAGUUGAGGACCUUUCUCCCCCACCUUCACCUGAAGUGGAGGAGGGUGAAUUGUCUGUGGACACAGGGCCGGAGCCAUAUCAAUUCGAGCCGCUGGCUCAAACUGCGGUUUUAACUCCCUGUUGAGCAUCCGAGUGCGCAUUCACCUUCACUCGCGUGCAGGAAAAACAAACGAAACGCUGUUCAGUGAUGUUUAUCCUUUUAGCAGGAUUUUUAUUUAGCAAGCUUCACUUGAACAUAACAUCAGUUAGCUGUUCUCUCAACUUAGAAGAAUGUGACGUAAAGCGUAACGUCAUCAUGUACAAAA